CAUUGGACCUGUAAAGAUGCAGACAUUGGACCUUUGAAGGAGAAGAGGAAGUGGCAGACUGAGAUCGAGAACAAGAAGCGUCAGCUAGAGGACGACAAGCGAGCGCUGCAGCACCUGAAGUCCAAGGCCCUGAGGGAGCGCUGGCUGCUGGACGGAGCUCCUUCUGCCGGACCAGAACAGGAUGAGGUGAAGAGACAGCUGGAGCAGGAUGAGGCCAAGACCAGGAGCCUGGAGGAGACCAUCAACAGGUUGGAACAGGAACUGAUCAGUCUGGAAACAGGAGGAACCUGUGAGACUGUAACACACACUGCUGUGUCGUCAGCAUCAGUUAAAGCUGUAGAGGUCAAAGGUCACAGCAGCCUUCAGCAGGACAGAGCUGCAGCUCCAGGUCACAUGAUUCAAGAGGUCAAAGUUCACAAAAGCCCUCGAAUGAACAAACCGAGAGAGGCUGCGGAGGAGAUGAAGAGAGCGAUGUACUCGGUGGAGAUUAAAGUGGAGCGGGACAGAGUGACGGGGGAAACCAGGGUUCUGUCCACUAACACCACACUUCCUGUUGACCUUUCUCACCAAGGGGUCAAAGUUUACGAGGACGAGCAGAAAGUGGUCCACGAGAUGAACGGUGAGGAUGGCGUCCAACUGCUCAGCUUCUCCGAGGUCGAAGAACUUAUCCACAAAGCCGACGAGGCCUCCGUGAUAUCACAGACUGUUGCCACGGUGACCUCUCUCCCGACAGCAGAGGUCCAGGAGGAGGCGGGUCUCGAGCAGCCGGUCCCAGUGGAGAUCACCGGGCUGGAGGCCAAACCAGGCGGCGAGCCGGGUUUGGCUGAAGCCAGCGCCGAGAACCCCGUCACCAUGGUGUUCAUGGGUUACCAGAACGUGGAGGACGAGGAUGAAACCAAGAAGGUUCUGGGGCUGCAGGGGACGGUGAAGGCCGAGCUAGUGCUCAUCGACGACGCCAACGGGAAAACAUCGCCGGGCGAAGGGAAGGAGGAGACCACAGCUGUGCCUCCCCCCGCCGCAGCCACCAAGCUGCCCUCUACCAAACCUCCAGAGGCGCCGGUAGUGGCGAGUAAUGGGGAGGCAGAGGAGGCGAAGGGAGGAGCAGUGGAGGCGAAGGGAGGAGCGGUGGAGGCGAAAGGAGGAGCGGUGGAGGCGAAAGGAGGAGCGGUGGAGAUAAAGAAGGAGAAGCAGCCGUUGAGGGCCACAAAACCUCAAACUAAAGACGGUCACUGAUGAACUGAUGGCCCACCAUUGGUCCGGUGCGUCAGGGCCUUAAGAUCUGAACUGAUCUGCUGACGGACGGUUGCCACGGUGACGACACAACAAAGAUGGCCGACAGAAAGCGACAACAAGAAGAAACAGAUCAGCUGGUCCUGAGAGUAACAUGAUCCAUGUGUUUAUCGGAUGGACUGUGGACAUCCUGAGAACAUGACGAAUAAAUCAACUGACAUGUAAAAAAUAUGUACAGCCUUAAUCAAUAUGAAGAUCAGCAGUCUAUGAUGACUGAUGAUUUCAGGAAAAACCUUAAAUCACCACAAUUUGAUGCUGGCUGAAUUAAAGAAUGUAAACUAUCA